AUGCAAACAGCUGAACAUAUUUUGAUGAAUGUGGCUGUGUCUUUGCGGUUCCUAUCAAAUGUCAUUCCCAUGCACCGCCGUGCUCCCUGGGGAGAUCUGAAAAAGCAUGCUGGGGUCAUGGUGACUCCCUUUAGCCCCAACAGGCUCCUGGAGGAUGUCCGUCUGUCUCCACGCCCUGGCACUGGCUUGAGCUCUGUACUAUCAGCCACGGUCAACCCCACCGUGUUCUUCGACAUUGCUGUUAUCGACGAGCCCUUGGGCCGCGUCUCCUUCAAGCUGUUUGCAGACAAGUUUCCAAAGACAGCAGAAAACUUUCAUGCUCUCAGCACUGGAGAGAAAGGAUAUGGUUAUAAAGGUCCCUGCUUUUACAGCAUUAUUCCAGGGUUUAUGUGUCAGGGCAGUGACUUCACACACCUUAAUGGCACCGGUGGCAAAUCCAUCUACAGGGAGAAAUUUGAUGAUGAGAACUUCAUCCUAAAGCAUACAGGUCCUGGCAUCUUGUCCAUGGCAAAUGCUGGACUCAACACAAAUGCUUCCCAGUUUUUCAUCUGCUCUGCCAAGACUGAGUGGUUGGAUGGCAAGCAUGUGGUCUUUGGCAAGGUGAAAGAAGGCAUGAAUAUUGUGGAGGCCAUGGAGUGCUUUGGGUCCAGUAAUGGCAAGACCAGCAAGAAGAUCACCAUUGCUGACUGCAGACAACUCUAAUAAGUUUGACUUCUGUUUUAUCUUAACCACCAGACCAUUCCUUCUGUAGCUCAGGAGAGCACCCUUCCACCGCAUUUGCUCGCAGUAUCCUAGAAUCUUUGUGGUCUCGCUGCAGUUCCCUUUGGGUUCCAUGUUCUCCUUGUUCCCUUCCGUGCC